AUGGCUACCCACUCAAUGACAGGUGGCACCACCCUCCUCCUCCUCGACAUCCAAAAUGGCACAGUCGAGCCCCUCAUGUGCACAGAGGAAUGGCUCAAUCGCCUCUCCACAGUCCUCUCAACGGCACGCAACAACAGAAUGAACGUAAUUCACGUCGUCACGGCCUUCCGCACAAACUACCCUGAAAACCACCCAAACAAUUCCUCCGUCCCCGGCGUUGCAGCACGUGGACUGUUCAAAGAAGGCGACGAAGCAGUCCAAGUCCACAGCUCUGUCACUCCAGCUCCUACAGAAGCAAUUGUCACUAAGCGCCGCGUAUCUGCUUUCUUCGGUACAGAUCUCGAUAUACUACUCCGUUGCUCGAAAACCGAACACAUUGUUGUCGCGGGACUUAUUACCAGUGGUGCUGUUUUGUCUACUGUUCGACAAGCGGCGGAUCUCGAUUACCGUAUUACUAUCUUGCGGGAUUUGUGUAUGGAUCGUGAUGAGGAGGUGCACCGUGUUUUGAUGGAUAAGGUUUUUAACAGGAAGCAUACGGUUGUUACUUCUGAUGAAUGGUUGUCGGAGCAGAAGUUAUCGAAAUAA